AUGGAUCGUACAACUCACAUACUAAUAGUUUCUCUUAUAUUAAUUACUAAUUAUUUCUAUUAUGCCAAAUGUUCAAUAUACCACAAUGUAAAGUACUUUGAAACUUUGGAUUCAUCAAGUCUUAACCAUCAUGUAGUAAAGAGAGGAACUAAGCAUUCAAGCCAUCCCUUCAACACUAUCAAAGAGUUGCACUUCAGGACGCUAGGAAGAGAUUUCAGAUUAAUAUUGCAUCCACAUAGUUCAGUAUUGCAUUCAAAUUUUAAAGCAUAUACUGUUGAUGGUGAUGGAAAAAAGACUAUUGUUCAUGUUGAUCGAGACAACUUUUACACUGGUAGAGUGUUUGGUGAAACAAUGUCUGAUGUCAAGUUACACAUAGAUGAUGGAGUGAUUACAGGAAUAAUACAUACACCAGAUGAGACAUACCAUAUUGAGCCUUCCUGGCGUCAUUUACCAGAUCAGCAGGAUGGUACAAUGAUAACGUAUCGGUCCUCAGAUAUACGCUUCAGUUGGGCGCAUGCUAAUGGGAGCAGGCCACGAGUUUGCGGCUAUGUAAAGGAGGGACAAGAAUUGGAGGAAGACGAUGAUGACAGCUACAACGACAUUCUAGAAACAAAGCAGGAACAAUCUGAAAAGGACAAAUAUCUGGAAAAUACUCAGGGCGCCCAACACGAGGCGGUUAUUCCUCAGUUCGAAGACGAAGGUGCGCCUAACUACAAAAGAGUUAAGAGGCAAAGCGACUAUGAAUACACACCAACGAAAACAAGAUGUCCGCUGUUGCUCGUCGCUGACUAUAGAUUCUUUCAAGAAAUGGGAGCCAGUAAUACAAAGACCACUAUCAGCUAUCUCAUAAGCCUUAUCGACCGCGUACAUAAAAUCUACAACGACACAGUGUGGCAAGAUCGACAGGAUAUGGACGGUUUCAAAGGGAUGGGUUUCGUUAUAAAGAAGAUAUUAGUGCAUUCGGAACCGACGCGGGUGAGAGGCGGUGAAGCUCACUAUAAUAUGGUCCGCGAAAAGUGGGACGUCCGAAAUCUCCUUGAGGUAUUUAGUCGGGAAUAUUCCCACAAGGAUUUCUGUCUGGCGCAUUUGUUCACUGACCUCAAGUUUGAGGGUGGUAUCCUGGGCUUGGCUUAUGUCGGGUCGCCUAGGAGGAACUCGGUUGGCGGCAUUUGCACUCCAGAGUAUUUCAAGAAUGGUUACACACUAUACCUGAACUCUGGGCUGAGUUCAUCUCGGAACCACUACGGGCAGCGCGUGAUAACUCGCGAAGCAGAUCUGGUAACGGCGCACGAGUUCGGCCACAACUGGGGCUCGGAGCACGACCCCGACGUGGCCGAGUGCUCACCCACGGCCAGCCAGGGCGGCUCCUACCUUAUGUACACGUACAGCGUCAGCGGAUAUGACGUCAACAAUAAGAGGUUUUCACCAUGCAGUCUGAGGUCCAUCAGAAAAGUACUACAAGCUAAGUCUGGGCGUUGUUUCUCCGAGCCAGAGGAGAGUUUCUGCGGGAAUUUACGAGUUGAAGGCGGCGAGGAGUGCGAUGCCGGGCUUCUUGGUACCGAAGAUAACGACAUGUGCUGCGACAAGAAUUGUAAACUUAGAAAGAAUCAAGGUGCAGUUUGCAGCGACAAGAACUCUCCGUGCUGCGCGGGCUGCGUGUUUGCCGCGGCGGGCGUGGUGUGCCGCGAGGCCGCGCACUCCGCCUGCGAGGGCGAAGCCACGUGCAACGGCGCUGCGGCAGACUGUCCCAAGGUAUGUACACACUGUGCGAGGGCGAGGCCACGUGCAACAGCGCUGCGGCAGACUGUCCCAAGGUACGUGCACACUGUGCGAGGGCGAGGCCAAGUGCAACGGCACUGCGGCAGACUGUCCCAAGGUACGUGCACACUGUGCGAGGGCGAGGCCAAGUGCAACGGCGCUGCGGCAGACUGUCCCAAGGUACGUGCACACUGUGCGAGGGCGAGGCCACGUGCAACGGCGCUGCGGCAGACUGUCAAAAGGUACGUGCACACUGUGCGAGGGCUAGGCCAAGUGCAACGGCGCUGCGGCAGACUGUCCCAAGGUACGUGCACACUGUGCGAGGGCGAGGCCAAGUGCAACGGCACUGCGGCAGACUGUCCCAAGGUACGUGCACACUGUGCGAGGGCGAGGCCACGUGCAACGGCGCUGCGGCAGACUGUCCCAAGGUACGUGCACACUGUGCGAGGGCGAGGCCAAGUGCAACGGCGCUGCGGCAGACUGUCCCAAGGUACGUGCACACUGUGCGAGGGCGAGGCCACGUGCAACGGCGCUGCGGCAGACUGUCCCAAGGUACGUGCACACUGUGCGAGGGCGAGGCCAAGUGCAACGGCACUGCGGCAGACUGUCCCAAGGUACGUGCACACUGUGCGAGGGCGAGGCCAAGUGCAACGGCACUGCGGCAGACUGUCCCAAGGUACGUGCACACUGUGCGAUGGCGAGGCCAAGUGCAACGGCGCUGCGGCAGACUGUCCCAAGGUACGUGCACACUGUGCAAGGGCGAGGCCACGUGCAACGGCGCUGCGGCAGACUGUCCCAAGGUACGUGCACACUGUGCGAGAGCGAGGCCAAGUGCAACGGCGCUGCGGCAGACUGUCCCAAGGUACGUGCACACUGUGCGAGGGCGAGGCCACGUGCAACGGCGCUGCGGCAGACUGUCCUAAGAUACGUGCACACUAUGCGAGGGCGCCGGCCAUAGCGGACGAACACGAGUGCGCAGAACGCGGUCGUUGCCGCAACGGGUCCUGCGUGCCCUAUUGCGAAACACAGGGCAUGCACAGCUGCAUGUGCGACAUCGUUGCGGACGCGUGCAAACGCUGCUGCCGCAAGAGUCUGAACAAGACGUGCUUCCCCGUCGCACACAACGACAUACUGCCCGACGGAACUCCCUGUAUACAAGGAUUCUGUAAUAAGGGCGUCUGCGAGAAAACAAUACAAGACGUGGUGGAGCGAAUCUGGAAUAUAAUAGAGGACAUCAACAUCAACAACGUGUUGGGAUUCUUGCGGGACAACAUAGUGGGGGUGGUUGUCCUUGUAACCGCUUUCGUGUGGAUACCGGCCAGUUGUGUGAUAAGCUACGUGGACAGACGCAGACAGCGCCAACAUCAGAAGUAUCUCGAGUGGGAGAGACAGCACGACCUCGUGCAUCCCUCUUCCCCGCGCAAAAUUAUCCAUACGCGAUUACCAAAGCAAAAACCAACUGGCAUAAAGACUGUCAUUCAAGGCACAAGUCAACUUUAA